UGGCGGGUCUGAUACUUGACACCGGUUUUGCCGGCAAGAACUAUAUGAUUCUAAAACUCCUCUAUCUGGCGUUUGUUGUCAUAAUUGCCGCUCUAUUAUUCUUAUCUAUUCCAUCAUACGUACUUGCGAAGGAGCCACAAACCACCGAAGAACGUGAAUUCGCCGUGACAUGCACCAGGUAUAUUGUCUGCUUUGUAUGCGCAUGGAUUGUCUCCGGCGGCAUCAUGCAGCUGCUGUACCUCGUGGGUGCCGCAUUCAACCCGCUGGAUCCUGCUUCUACGUUUUUCGUCCCGAGUCAGUUCCGGCUAAACACAUGGGAGACUUACGUUGCUCUAGCCAUCUGGUUUGGUAUCACAUACGCGUUCGUUCAAUUGCGCAAGCAGUACGAACAAGAUGCCAGAUUUGAUCCCCACCUGAUCUCUCAAGAGGUGAAGGAACAGUGGAAACGAGUUACGUCCCAGUAGAGUCAAGAACUUCGUGCCUGUGAACCCCGUGUACACCGAAAGGGCAUAGCCGGUGCCUUCAGCGGUACUCCUGCUCUCAGCAAACGGGUCUCUCUGACUGGAUGCGUCAGGUCUUGUUUCGGAUUAGACACAAUGGACUUCUGACACAUUCAGACUCUUGCUUAAUCUUAAGCAGCCAGCUAUUAGGCGACAAGCUUAUCUUUACAUCCCUUGCAUGUAGUUACCAAACACAAAUGCUACACAGUGGAGCGCCUGUGACACAUACAAAUUCCUGCUUUUAGACCAGUCUCUUCUUCAAGGCACUAUGUAGCAACUUUCACACAAGUUUGGCUGUAUUAAGCGGUCUGGACCGAAAAUGGGGCUUGCUUAGGUAUUCGCUGGCUACAAGC